CACUCCCUCUCAGCCCUCUCUGAAUCCGUCCACUCCCAUACCAAGAGGAGGAAGAGAGGCGACGGCGCCGAGGCCCGAGAGAUCCUAGGCGCGAUGACAUCGCUGGGGAAGAGGCACCGGACCAACAGCUCGAUGCGGCGGACCACGAGCAUGUCCGGGUUCGACGUGCCGGCGGAGGAGGCCGGGCGCCAGCCGACCCGGGCGGCGAGGGGAGCCUCGGCGGCGCCCACGAUGGGGUGGAACGCCGCCUCAGCCGCCAUGCAGAGGCGCCACUCAGGGGACUUCAACGCGGUCAUGGAGACGGCGGCGUUCUUGAAGGCCUGCGGGCUCUGCUGCCGCCGCCUCGGCCCCGGACGCGACACCUUCAUUUACAUGGGCGAAGUGGCCUUCUGCAGUCUCGAGUGCAGGCAGCAGCAGAUGAACCUGGACGACCUCAAGGAUAAGAAAUGCUUCCCGGCGACCGGUACCGGUGGCUCCGACGGAACCAGCGGAACUGUAGCCGCCGCCUAGCAUCGCCGGAGCUAAGAAAAUUAAGAAAUUUGUUGGCACUCUCUAGGGAACAAAAUCCAGUAGUUUCUGUCAAAAUGUGUGCAUGAUAUAUUCUAUAUAUGGGUGUAUAUUGAUGGUUCAGGCUGU